CUUUCGGGCGAAACUAACAUUCGAUUGAUAAUCAUGAAGAACGUAUAAUUACUGAUUGAUCGAAUCGUUGGCAAGUGGCGCUAAGACCAUCAUUUGUAUUCGUUCGAUCGACGCCUAAAUUCCAAAGAAAAGUAAUUAAGAGUACGGCGACGUAGUUGCAUCUGAAUUACAUCUUCAUUGCGUCUGGAUUUCUGACAAGAAGAUGCUAUUUGAGAAAGAACGCCUGGGAAGAGUUAGGUGUGGAGUAUAUUCCACAUCGUGAAAAGAGAAAAAAACGUUGGAAAGGUUUUAGUUUAGCUGUCUUCCCCCACCUCCCGACUCCACUCGAUUUGGCACGAAAAGAAGGAAGGUACCCGCAGUGCGGAUGUCGCGCGACUGAGAUUCGCAGAGGAGGAGAGAACGUACGCCUUGUUCUUCGUGUAAUACGAAUAAAAGAAAUCUAAUUGUUCGUACGAAACGUGCAUGUAGAGAGAGAGAGAGAGAGAGAGAGAGAGAGGGUGCGUGCCAAAUGUGAUCUUGUAUGUAAGUGCGUGUGAGAUUGCAUGCAAUGCCACGAUUCAUACACGACUAUAUCAAAUACACAAGUAUUGUCAUCCUUGUCGUCGUAAACACGAGGAACGUUUUUGCGUUUUUGCUUUUUCAUAAGCAAGCCAUUUUCUAACCGGAAAUAUCAAAAAAACAUUUUCGACACGAACGAAGUUCGUAUGAGAAGUGUAAUUGUCGUAUGAAUGUCGUAUGAAUAAUCGUGUAAACGGAAAAAUGCCAGCGUCUCGUGGAGGCAUGGUGCAUGGUGUUAUGCCACCGCACUACCUCCACGAGCUGCCGGCACAAGACGAGGAACGGCUCGAAAAAAUAUUCCAAAAGCUCGAUCUCGAUGGAAACGGCAGAAUCGACGUACACGAUCUUUCCAAAGCACUUCACGAGGUCGGCGUACACAAGCAAUAUGCUGAGAAAUUUCUUGCUAGAUCGGAUAGUACAAAAAGUGGUGACAUCAGCUUGGCAGAAUUUAUACAUUAUGUUCGCGAACAUGAGAAAAAUCUUCGUCUUCAAUUUUCUGAUCUUGAUAAGAAUAGAGAUGGCAAGAUCGAUCUUGAAGAGUUGAUAAGAGCAUUUAAGGACUUAGGAAUAGAAAUGGAUCGCGGUGAGGCAACCAAGUUAUUACAACGAAUGGACAAAGAUGGAAGCCUCAAUAUAAGUUUCAAUGAGUGGCGAGAUUUUCUGUUGUAUGCACCGAGCGCGAACAUCCAUGAACUUAUACAGUAUUGGCGACAUUCGACUUACAUGGAUAUUGGAGAGGAUAUAGGAGUUCCUGACGAUUUCACGAACAGUGAAAUGGUGUCAGGAAUGUGGUGGCGACAUUUGUUAGCGGGUGGUAUAGCUGGUGGAGUUUCACGAACAUGCACAGCACCUUUGGAUAGAAUCAAAGUUUACCUGCAGGUUCAUGGAACGCGACAUUGUAACAUUUCCAGCUGCUUCAGGUACAUGUUACGUGAAGGUGGAAUUACAAGCUUGUGGAGAGGGAAUGGUAUAAAUGUACUUAAAAUCGGACCAGAGACUGCCCUAAAGUUCAUGGCCUACGAACAAAUAAAGAGAGCUAUCAAAGGCAACGACACUAGAGAACUUGGACUCUAUGAGAGAUUCAUGGCUGGAUCUAUGGCCGGUGGUAUUAGUCAGUCGGCAAUAUAUCCUCUAGAGGUACUCAAGACUAGAUUGGCUCUUCGUAAAACGGGGGAAUUCUCGAGCAUAAUUGAUGCAGCGAAAAAGAUAUAUAAGCAAGGUGGUUGGAAAUCUUUUUAUAGAGGCUACAUUCCCAAUUUAAUAGGGAUUCUUCCGUAUGCUGGAAUUGAUUUGGCUGUGUACGAAACACUAAAAAAUAGUUAUUUACGAACGCAUAAGAAAGACGAGCAACCAGCUUUUUGGUUACUUUUGUUAUGUGGUACGGCUUCAAGCACUGCAGGUCAAGUGUGUUCGUAUCCGUUAGCUCUAGUCAGAACUAAAUUGCAAGCCGAAAUAUCAACGGGGAGUGACGCGAAUACAAUGAUUGGUGUUUUCAAAGACAUUCUCAAAAGAGAAGGUAUUCGCGGUUUGUAUCGAGGAAUAACUCCAAAUUUUCUUAAGGUAGCUCCAGCCGUAUCAAUUAGUUAUGUAGUAUACGAGCAUUUCAGACAGGCACUGGGUGUUAACAUGACGUGAUAAAAAUAUAUACACUAGGAGAUAUUAA